AUGUGGCGUAUUUGGAAAUCACGCAAUGACUUCAUCUUCCGACAAAUAAAUCGCCAUCCGGCCACAGAAGCGCAUAAAGGAGAACAAGAAAUCAAGGAAUGGGUUGAAAACACAAGACUACAACCAGAUAGCAACCAAGCUAUGAAUCACAUCCAUAAUCCUCCUACAAGAAGAUCACCAACUCAACAAUGGAAUCCUCCACCUGAAGGUUGGUUAAAAUGUAAUUUUGAUAGCGGAUAUGUCCGAGGAAGACCAUAUACAGGCACGGGAUGGAUAAUAAGAGACAGUUACGGAAACGUAAUACGAUCUGGAUGUGCGAAACUGCAACAAUCAUAUUCUGCUCUUCAAGCUGAGGCACUAGGAUUUCUUAACGCACUACAAGUGAUAUGGGAACAAGGCUAUAGAUAUGUAUGGUUUGAAGGAGACAACCUGGAACUAACAAACUUGAUCAACAAGCAACAUGAUCAUCACAAGCUCGGCCCAUUACUGGUUGACAUACGUCAUUGGAUGACACAGCUACCAUAUUCAUCGUUGGGACAUUUUACUUGA